AUGGGACAUCACUCAUGCUGCAACAAGCAAAAGGUGAAGAGGGGCCUGUGGUCACCAGAGGAGGAUGAGAAACUCAUCAACUACAUUACAACCAACGGCCAUGGUAGUUGGAGCUCAGUUCCUAGACUUGCCGGCCUACAAAGAUGUGGGAAGAGCUGCAGACUAAGAUGGGUAAAUUAUCUCAGGCCAGACUUGAAACGUGGGAGCUUCUCCCCCCAAGAAGAAGCACUCGUCAUUGAGCUCCAUAGCAUUCUUGGUAACAGAUGGUCUCGGAUAGCCAAGCACCUACCUGGAAGAACAGAUAAUGAGGUGAAGAACUUUUGGAACACAAGCAUAAAGAAGAAGCUGAUCAUGUCGUCCCACGAUGCUGUUCCUGUUUUAUCAACCUUUCCUAGUGGUUUAGAGGAAGGAAAUGCAAACCCUAGUUUGAUCCAAAACUCUCAAGAAGACCAACAACACCUUCCCCCUCCAAUCACAAUGCUGCAAGGUUUCUAUCAGACCAAUUGUAUUCCCACUUUGGUUCAUCAUCCGCUGUUAAUCCCACCACCACCAUCAGAUUCAUCUUCUUAUGAUCAAACUUGGUCACUGGGCUAUGAUCAACCCCAUCAACUUGAAUAUCCCAGUCAACAAGUUCAGAUUUUCAGCCAGGGAGCAACUCCACAUGAUAUUAAUCCACUAAUGGUGCCAAAAAUGGCGGAACUCUAUGAGAUCAUGAUCACUGGAAAUGCUAGCAGUCCUUCGCCAGAAUUUUUUGGGUCUUUUCCUCAUCAUUCACAAAUUUCAGGCAUUCAAACGGAUCACAGUGGCAACAUCAUAUCAUCAUCAUUGACAGUAUCAUCACUGCCACCGCUGUGA